AUGGUCAAGACAUAUAUUAGCCAAUGGUUAUAUACAUUUCCUUGGUCUCAAGUUGUUACCGGUUUUUGGCAAAAAUUUCCUAAUCCAUAUACAGGUCAUAUUUUAUCUGAAGAUGUAUAUUAUCGAACAAUAACUAAUGAUCAAAUCAUUAUAACAAAACGUUUAUUAACUAAAACAAAUAAAAUUCCACGUUGGGGUGAAUUUCUAUUUUCUCGAGGUUCAGCAUCAACAAUUGCGUUUAUUAUUGAAGAAUCUAUAUGUGAUUUAAAACAAAAAACAUUUACAACUGUAACAAAAAAUAUUAAUCUAAAAUCUUUAAUGACUAUCGAAGAAAUAUGUAUUUAUCAUCCAGAUAAAAAUAAUGAAUCAAGAACAAUUUGUGAAAAAAAAGUUAUUGCAACAUCAGAAUUAUUUGGUUUUAAAACAACAUUAGAAACAUUUGCAAUACAACGUUAUAAAAAAAAUCAAGAAUUAGCAAGUCUUGGUUUAGAAUUUAUACUUCAUGAAUUAUUUCUUCCACAUUUACCAUUACCAACUAUUAAAAUAACACCCGAUACUCGAAGUCUUUCAAGUAAACUUAGUGCUAAAGCAAAAAAGAUCUUAAAAUCAUCUAAUAAUGAUUCAGUGUAA